AGAAGAAGAAGAAGAAGUGGGAUCUUCUUCUCUAAAAAACAGAGAAAUUAAGAGCUCUCUCCGUUUCUGAUAUUUCACGUACAAUUUUGGAGCAAUGAGAACAGAGUCUUCUUCUGGUGAUACCAUGAAUUACAAGUCUUCUUGGCCGAAGCAAGUUGUGAGGAAAUGGUUAAACAUUCAGGGUGGAGCUAAAGAGUUUCAUUCUGAUUAUAAAGUUUCUGGUAAUUUCUUGGAAAUGGCUGGAGCAAAUUCAGUGGUAAACCAUUAUGAUUUCUUAGAAGAAUCACCACCAGAAAAAUGGCUGACUGAGAUUGCCCCAGAGAGUUUAAAACGUCCAAGGAUUGAAUCAGACUCACCAGCACCUGUUUCAGACCCCUUAAACCAAAGGAUAUUUGUGGGUACAUGGAAUGCUGGAGGAAAAUGUCCCCACGAAGGGUUGAAUUUAAAGGAUUGGCUACUAACCCCAGUUCCUGCAGACAUUUAUGUUCUUGGGUUUCAGGAAAUUGUACCACUGAAUGCAGGGAAUGUAUUAGGUGCAGAGGACGAUGCUCCCGCCUUAAAGUGGCUUUCACUUAUACGCCAAGCUCUGAAUAAUACUGAAAAUAGUACAGAGUUGACUCACCGGCACCAAGAACUUAAGAAUUUCAAAACUAGAAUUAGCUUCUCUGAUCUGAUAUCAUUAGAGGAUGAAUUGGAUAAAGAGGAUUUAGAAAGACAUUCAACUUCGAGUCCAAACUCAGACAUAGAGGAUGAAUCAUCUAUUUUUUCGAUGAGGCGCAAAUCUCCAAAGAGUACUAGUAGUCGUUACAGCUUAGCUGCAAGUAAGCAGAUGGUAGGCAUCUUUUUGUGUGUUUGGGUUCGAACUGAUCUUAACCAACAUGUUAGCAAUUUGAAAGUGUCGUGUGUUGGAAGAGGCAUCAUGGGUUAUCUUGGAAAUAAGGGUUCUGUAUCGAUCAGUAUGACAUUGAAUCAAACAACCUUUUGCUUUGUGUGCACCCAUUUAGCUUCUGGUGAGAAAGAAGGUGACGAGGUUCGGAGAAAUUUUGAUGUUAUUGAGAUAUUGAAGAAAACGAAGUUCUCACAAUCCCAGAGAGUAUCUGGACAACCAUUUACACCUUCCCCUGUUAGCAUUUUAGAACAUGAUCAUACUGUUUGGCUUGGGGAUUUGAAUUAUCGACUCGCCUUUCCUAGUGGCGACACGGAUGAACUUCUGGAAAAUAAAGAUUGGGAAACACUUCUCAAGAAAGACCAGCUCAUGAUAGAACAAAGUGCUGGCCGCGUGUUCGAAGGAUGGGAAGAAGGAAGUAUAAGUUUUGCCCCUACUUACAAAUACCUUGAUAAUUCUGACCAGUACGUUGCGCAGAACCAAACGCCCAAGUCCAAAGAGAAGCGAAGAACACCUGCCUGGUGUGACAGAAUACUAUGGAAAGGAAAAGGAAUGAAGCAGAUGUGGUAUGUAAGAGGCGAGAACAAAUUUUCGGACCAUAGGCCUGUCUACUCCUUGUUCUCAGUACAACUCGACUCCCCAAUUGACGGAAAUAAAGUACAGAAAUAAUGCAGCAGUACCACUACCAUCUCCUCAUCCUCUGCAAUUACGACCACGACAACUUCUACUUCUACAAAGGGAAUGAAUUUCCCGGCAGAAAGUUCUGCCAAAAUCAGAGCUGAAGAGUUGUUAGUCAAGUCAUCACAAGUUUAUGAUUCGGCUGAGAAUAAAUAAUUAAACAAUGCCCAUAGGCCAUAGAGAAACCGAAAGGAGUGUCCGAGACAAAGAUGUUAUGAUAGCAAAAAGAAUUGAGUAAAAGGUGAAUAGUACAACAUUUUCCAUGAUGGUUCAUCGUUGGUGUAAUUCUAUGCUGCUCCAAUUAGAUGUAAGUGGUGCUGCAAUACAUGGAAUUUUCCGACAAGGAUCCUGCAAUUUUGUUACCUAAUCAGUCUGACAAUAUAUCACAUCUCGCUUUGGAUAUUGGUGCACAUCUGCGAUUAGAGGUGUAAAUUGGGACGGGCCAGCACGUUUAUGGCACAACACAGCACGUUAAAAUUCGAGCACAUCACGACACAACACGUGACCGGCACAGCACGGACACAUCACGUUUGUUUAAUGUGUUGUGCUGUGCCAGACAAAUAGGCACAGCACAACACGCGGCACGUGUUAGCACGUGGCACAGCACAUCACGUGAAGAAAGCACGCCACGUCAUGCGUAAAAUACUACACAAUACAUCACAUUUGAUGCAUAUUUCACAAAAAAAUCAUUGUUUUAGCCAAUU